AAAUAUUGCCACAUUCAUUCCCUGUGCUGUGACGGCCCUGGCUCUAACACCUCUGUUCUCUUGGUUUACCCCUCAGGUUCUGGGGAUAAAGGUAGAGUCCAAGGACGUGACUCUGAAGCUGUGCCUCAUUAGAUGUAUCUCCAUGAUAGGACUGGCCAUCUGUAACAGCUCCCAGGCCGGAUUCUUCCAGUUCAGCCGCAAGUCAGAGCUGAUUUCCCAGCUAGUGGAGUUUCUGAAGCUGGAGCCGUGGGACAGCCUGAAAUCCGGCCUACGCCACAGCACGCUUGUCGCCUGUUCUUACCUGGUCAAACUGGAACCUCCUCUGAGUGACAGCAGUAAGACGGAGCUGAUAAAUACGGCCCUGUCCAGCGUCUUUUCUCUUCCACCUCUCGAUACCGAGGACGUGGGCAAAUUACACAAAGAGGCGCUGUACCAUGACACAUUGGAGGCUUUGAAAGACCUUCUGAAGGGUCUUAUUCUUUGGAAUCUGACUCCUCGGGGACUUCAGGACAUCUUCCAGAUCCUGAAUCCAUGGAUUAAAUCCAGUAAGGAACAUGAACGUCAGCGAGCCGUAGACAUCAGCGCCGACCUCCUGCACUUCUACCUGCUGAAGCUCAAUGUCAAUUGCGUGGUACCGUUCUACAACCUGGGGCUGCUGAUUGGCCGUUUGUCCACUCGCUGUUCAGACUCCGUCCCCUCCGUGCGCCAACGAACCGUAGAUUGUAUCUACUAUCUGCUGUACAUUCAGCUGAGAUAUGAAG